AUGGUGGUGUACAACACGACGCACAACUCGCGCUACCGCCUCCUGCAGCGCAUUGGCAUGGGUGCCUUCUCCUCUGUCUAUCUGGUGCAGCACAAGACGACGGGCAAGCAGUACGCGCUCAAGUACAUCCUGUGCAAGGGCGACCGCGAGCGACUGGCGGCGCUGCGCGAGUGCGAGGUGAUCUACAGCCUGCAAGGGCACCCGCAGGUGAUCCGUAUUGUGGACAUGUUUAUGAGCUACCAGUUCCAACGUGCAUCGCCGUCGCCCGCCGUCGCCGGCUCUCCUACCGCAGUCACGACGAACUCGGCAUGUAAAGAGCAGGCGUCUGGCCAGCAGGGCUUACGGUCGUUUCCUGACGUCCCAUCAAGCGCGCCGGCAGCAACCGCCGCCGCCCUCGCACCCUCCGCGAUCGCCAAGCCGGCGCUGGCGCCGGCCUCUGCCGCGCCGGCGACCACGAACACCGUGUCGGUCGCGGGGCGGUUUAAGGGACUCGACGACGCCGCGAUGACGAAGACGGCGAUGGACAGCUCGACCGAGUCCCGCGCAGCAGCGCACGGCGAGGAUGACAAUGGUCAUGUAGAUGACAGCUGCGUGGACAGUCACAGGUAUAGCGAGGGGCGCCGGCGCGGCAGCUGUCCGCGCGUGCGCCCCUCCUUCGAAAGAGUAGCCUGUGCUGCUUACAUGGCCAACGCCGACCAUGUCAGCGACGUGGAAAAUGAAGAGAGUGCCUACAGCGAGCACCAGCAGCCACAGCAACAAGGCAAGCAGUCCAUGCGCGCGCCCUCCGGGUGCUGCCCACGUCCGCUUCCGUACAGCGUGCAGCACACGAGUCAAAGUAGCAGCUGCGUACCGGCGCAGCUGGGUGCGGCCGCCGGUGGAGGUGCGCAGGGGUGCGGGCACGUACCCUUGCAGUCUGCUCAUCAUGCAUCGACUACAGCGCUCGCCACGGCGUCGGCGGCUCGUGCUGCCGCCACCGGUGCAUUGUCUCCACCUCGUAACAAGGCGCACGCCGACCAGCCCCACUUGUGCUGUCACGCGACCGACGUGCCAGAUGCGGUCGUACAUGACGAGAGCGACGCUACGCUGAGUCGAAGCAGCGAAGCCGGUCAGGAGCCUGGCACCCUUGAGGACUACGAUAGCGGCGAUGGUGUUCACAGCGGGAGUGACAGCAGGAGAAUAGCGGAACACGGGCAGAGCGCAACAGUAGAAAGGGCCAAGCCAGCCGUGCCGUCGCGCAGGGCGUUGUCGGAGGACCGCGGCUCGGACGGGGCGGACGACGGCCAUGCUGAUAUCGAUGCAGGCAGAGAGGAGCGGUGGACAGAACUGCGCGGUGGUGCCGACGCCGAUGUAAAGCGCAGCCGCAAAGGCAGCGAUGCGCGCUCCGGUGCGACCAGCUCCAGCGGUGCGGACGAAGAGCCCGUCCAGCCGAUCCACCGCGUUUUCGUGCCGCCGCCGUACAUGCACCCACCGUUCAAGGGAAUGGCUGCUGCGCCGAGAAGCUGCAGCAUCUGCAGCAACAACAUCGUGAGCUACACAGGCACCGGCAAUGGUGUCGCCUCGGUGUUGCAGCCGCAGAACCGGAGCUAUGCGACAGGUGGGGGAAGCCCCACCGCGCACCACCUGUACUCCGUCUUUCCGACCGCCGCAGCCAGCGGAGCACUGGCAGUCGUGGCACCAGCGACGGCGAACUGCAGCGCUGCGCCCGCUCCGGUGCGGCGCAUCCCUGAAAGACCGGACGUCGCGUCGCUGCCAGCAACCGCAUCUCCCCCACCCUUCGCCGCAGCUUCCGCCUCGCUCACGUCCUCGUCUCCGUCGGCGGCCGAGAGCCUGCGUCACGCAGCCGGUAGCCUUGUCACCACGUCCACCCUUCUUCCGCAUCACCAGCAGCAGCAGCAACCGCAACCCACACCGUCGUCUGUGACCUCGUACGCCCCUGCUCGUGCUGCCGUCUCAUCUGCAGACGUCAAGAGCGCUGCGACCGGUGCGCCUGCGGUGCAAGUCCCGAUCCGGUACAAGGACUUUGUGCUGUCGCCCACCACCGUCACCGCACAUGCCGCCGCACCGUGGACACCGGUGCCAGCGACGCAGGCAAGCGCCCUUGUACAUGGGCAGGUGCACCGGAAGUCGGCCGACCACGGUGGGAGUCCCGCUCCGCCGCCAUGCGCCGCCGCCGCGAGGGCAGGCUCAGGAGCUGCGGGAGCUGGUGCCAUUGGGCUGGCAGUGGAUCGCCCAACUGGUGAAAGCGUGAACCCCUACCUAGAGCGUGCCCGCGGCCGCCAACCGGUGCCGCCGCCGCGCACGUCGUACGCACCAGGUGGCGGGGUGCGCUACAACAGCCUCGCUGUGGCGUAUGCCGCGGCUCCGACAACGUUGCAGGCCGCGACGAAGGGGUUGCCCGCUCAGUCUAGCAGCCCCUCCUCUUCACUGACGCUGAGCGCAAGUGGCACUGGCGUCAGUGCCUUCGACGACCGUAAGGCGGGUGCAGGACAAGGAUGGCACUUCGAGGUAACGGGCGCGGUCAGCAGCUCACAGGACUCAGACGCAUCGAUGCCCGCGCCCCAGGCCGCACGCCUCACCGCUUCACGGUCUCUGCCGAGUACUGCCCCGGCGGUGGCGACGGUGGUGCGCAACACGUACGCGCCGCUUCGGUACGGCAACGUGGUGCAGUCCAAUGCAGCGUCACCGGCCACGUCUAGCAUGGCAAGCUCCUCUCUCGUGCCGCCACCGUCACCUUCACUGCAGAAGCAGCUGCCGCAACCACCUUCAGCGGCUUGCCCUGCUGCUGCAACGGCGGCGGACAGUGACCGUCUCAGCGUGUUUGGCGUCCUUCGGACGGCACGUGCGGGUCAGCAGGGAGAGCGUGAGGACUGGGAUGAGAGCAAGCCUGGCGUGAGCGCGUCGUGGCCCGCAAAAGACGCUGGGUUGGUGUCAACGCAAGCACCACCGCUGCUUCCGCUACCCGGUCUGGCGAGGCAGGCCAGUGGCGCGUACUUCCUUCGGUCGGUUGGUCGCGUGAACGGCGCUGGCGCCGUGCCGCGCACGGCAGCGCCCCGCGCUCUGUACGAGGAGGGGCGACCGCCCGCGGCGGCCGCGGCUCAGGAUGACGCCCCAUCCUCUACAAAGCCUCUGUACACGAACCUCGGUGUUCUUCUCGCCGACCCCAGCAUGCCAGCCGACCCCGCGACCGUCACGACAAUGCACCUGCUCCGCACUGGCGUGCAACCACCAUCGCCGCGGCACCCCCGAUCGAACUCCUACGCCGGCGGUGAUGCCGACAGGAAGCAGCAGCGCGGCUAUGGCAACGUCGGAUCAACUGGCGCGGCACCCUCUCCAGUGCGGUACGCCAACGCUGGGAACCCAAACCUGUGGAGCACGUACAACGCGGGUGCGUCCCCGGCGAGCGCAGCGUCUGCUGCUGCCGUCUCCGUGCUGACGGGCCUGUCGUCCAGGAUCGGUGCGAAGACCCCCACAGCCGCCGGCGCCGGGGAGAGUGACACGAACGACGGCAAGAGCAGCAAGACGACACGUACGAACAGCAGCAGCAGUCCCCUGCAAGAUGCCUACGACACCGGCUAUCUGUGCCUCGUAAUGGAGCACCACCCUAUGGGCGACCUCUGCCGGUACGCGCUGCGCGCCCAGCAUGAACUGGAGACGCGGCGCCACCGCCAGCAGCAGUCCGAGUCGCAGGCACUGGCACGCAGCAGUUUGAUGGGCAUGGGCAUCUUGCAGCCUAUCACGUCGCAAAACAGGACGUGUGCGUCCGAGCGAAGCUCUGCUCAGCAGCCGCAAGCCCCCGCGAAGAACGCGACCGAGGGCGACGGCGGUGGCGCCGGGGCAGAGGCAGGGGAGCCGACCUCACUGCUUUCUCUUCGCCCAUUAUCGCUCACGCAUGGCUGGGCAGCGGGGUCAGCAGCGGCGGCCUCGUCUCUGCUAGCGGCCGCCGCAGAUGCCACCUGGACGGUGAAGAUGCCUAUGAGUCGAACGGACCUCCACCCGGCGCUCUCGGCCGGAGUCGGCGGUCGUGGUAACACCUCUGGAAGCCAUACCGCCGGCGUCACCGACGGUGACGAGCGCGCCAGCAACUUCGACGCCCGGCGAGCAGUCUCUGUUGCGGUCGAUCCCACAAGUGACAAACCCCUCACCGAGGCGCAGCUGCUGUCCAUCGCGUAUCAGCUGGCCUCGGUGCUCGAUCACAUGCAUCAGCAGAACCCGCCCAUCGUUCACCGUGACUUGAAGCCCGAGAACAUUCUCAUCAAAGGUGCGCUCGCCGACUACCUCGACCUGCCUCUCUCCGCCUUUUUGGCGAGCACCAGCAGCACCGUGCGCUGCGGUGGCAAGGACGAUGCCUUGGACACGUCCUCUGUGCCUUCGAUGACGCCGCCCUUCACAACCCCGGCGGCAGUCAUCGAUGCCGCCGCCAGCUCGUUGGCGCCGCUGCCGCCGAUCCGAAUCACGCGCGCGGUGGUGCCCAUUGUUCUCACCGAUUUUGGUCUUGCAAUCCUACAAGACACCCACGGCCGCCCGCACGGCAGCCGCGGCGGUGGCACCCGCCCGUACAUCGCACCAGAGAGCUGGAAGGGCGGCACGUGCACGGCUAGUGACGUGUGGAGCCUCGGCUGUGUGCUGUAUGCACUCGCCACGUGCCGUCUCGUUGCCGGGGACGUUCGCAUCAUGUCGCAGGAGGCGAAGCGGGACGGGUUUGCCUCGCGCAUGCUGAAAGACAUUAUCGCCCACAAGUACUCCCUGGCCUUUGCGAGUUUCGUCGUGUCGCUGCUUGUCGUCGAUCCGGCGAAGCGGCCGACGGCGGCGCAGGCGGCGCGGUGCUUCUGCGUCGCAGACGGCGACAUCUGUUUUGACCUCAGCAGCCCAUUCUUCAGCAACGUGCUCGAUCUCUAG